AUGGCACCGAGCGCGGCGGGGAUAGCGGCCUCCCGGGGGCUCGUGCGGCUUGUCCUGCUGCGCUCGGCUCAGAGCAGCGCCGGGGCCGAGGUCCCCGAGCACGUGGUGCGGGUGCCCUGGGCCGCGCGGCAGCAGCAACAGCUGCGGCGGCGGCGGGUGGCGGCUGAGCCGGCGGUCCCGACGCGGGGGGGGAAGUUUCUGCUGCGGAGCCGGCGACAGGAGCUGAGUCAGCCAAGCCACCUGACGCUGGGCCGCUGGGAGGCGCCGCGCCUGGUGUCGGCGGGCUGGAAGCACCGGCUGUCCUGCGGCGACUACUUCCAGCUGGAGCGCGUCCAGGACGUGGCGCCGGCGCUCGCGCCGCCGCAGGCUGAGGGGGGCGACGCGUCCUUCGGGGCGCUGGGGCUGGAGCCGGCGCUGGUGUCGGCCCUAGACGCGCUGUCCUUUGGGCGGCCCACUGCAGUGCAGCGCCGCGCCAUCCCUGCCCUGCUGCGCGGCCGCCACGCGAUCUGCGCCGCCGAGACGGGCAGCGGCAAGACCCUGGCAUACUUGCUGCCGCUACUGCAGCGGCUCCUUGUGGGGCCCCGGCCCCAGCUGCGCUCGGGCCAGGCUGCCAGCCCCCUCAGCCUGGUGCUGCUGCCAUCGCGGGAGCUGGCGGAGCAGGUGCGUGCUGUGGCCGCCUCCCUGUGCCGGCCGCUGGGGCUGCGGGUGCGGGAGAUUGGCGGCGGCCGGGGCAUGGGCAACGUGAAGAGGCAGCUGUGUGCGGAGCCUUCCCUGGACGUGCUGCUGGCCACGCCGGGGGCCCUGUGCAAGGCGCUGCGGAAGCGGAUGGUGACCCUGGAGCAGCUCAGCUGCCUGGUGCUGGAUGAGGCCGACACCCUGCUGGACCCCACGUUUGUGGAGCUGGUGGAGGAGGUGCUGGCACAUGCUCCCCUGACCUGCACCCCCCAGGAUUUGGCUGAUCCGUGGGAUGUCAAAACCCAGUUGGUGGUUGUCGGAGCCACCUUCCCCGGAGGCCUAAGCCAGCUGCUGAGCAAGUUUACUGAUAUUGGCCACUUUGUCAGGCUCGUCAGUCACAGCCUGCAUUGCCUCCUACCCCACGUCCAGCAGAAAUUUUUCCGGAUCAAAGGCAGAGACAAAGUGUCUGAGCUGCUGCAGCUCAUCAAGGUCCGGAGCCCUUCCAGUGGAGCCCUCCUUGUCUUCUGUAACAAGGCCCCCACAGUCAACUGGCUCAGCUACAUCUUUGAUGAUCACAAAAUCAAGCACCUGAGACUGCAGGGCCAGAUGCCUGCAGCCGUGAGAGCAGGUAUCUUCUCUGCCUUCCAGAAGGGAGAGAAGGACAUCCUUGUCUGCACUGAUUUAGCUUCCCGAGGACUGGAUACCAGCCGCGUGGAGCUGAUAGUCAACUAUGACUUCCCAGACACCCUGCAGGACUAUCUCCAUCGGGUAGGGCGUGUUGGGCGUGUGGGAAGCCAGAAGCUUGGAUCUGCAAUUAGUUACGUGACACAUCCGUGGGAUGUUGACCUGGUGAGGAAGAUAGAGACUGCUGCCCGGAGAAGGACUAGUCUCCCGGGUAUGAAGACCUCCAUUGAUGAGCCUUUACCUGAAACAGACUCAACUCAGACUGCCAAACAGCAAUGAACUUUGUGUCUGAGUUAGACUUAGGCUCCUAAUAAAGGCUUGCUGUUAUACUUAAUACUAACACUCUUAUGUUUGUGACCCAGAAUGUAAACAUUAUAGCCAAAGAACUUAAGCUUUUAGUUGCGUUGUGACCCAAAGGUGUAUCGAUUAAUUUCAGUUAUAGCAGUUACUUUGCACUUUUGCAAAAUCAAAUUGUAGUAACGUGCAACAGGUAGUUAAAAUGCUUUUAGGGAAGGCUUGAAAUUGAUAUUCUCCAUUUCAUUCUCCAUUUCUAUUUGUUCAAAGCUCAUUAAUAUUAAAUUUGAUGUAAAUCAGAUCUAUCUGGAUAAAAAAAAUAGGUUAAGAUAAUGUAGUCACUAUAAUCCUGAAAUUUUUAUUUCAUUAAUGUUCUAAUAUAGGUGGCUAGCUACAUUAGCCUGAUGUCAGGCAGAAGAUAAGGCGGGGCAGCACCCUUGAAACUGGUUCAGAGAGGCAUGAGUUUUCACAGACAGCAAUCUACUGUGUCAGAUGCUAGGAAAGGACUCCCAUUUCUAUCUCUCUGUUUCUACCUUGCUUACCUUCUGGCUGUUCUGAUAUAAUAUUAGCAACAGCCAGGAACUGAAUAUUAGGUGAAGGUUAAAAUAACAAUUAUUGUGGAAAUAUGUUGCCUCUUCCCUCAAGUGUGUAAAAGGUUAUAUAUCUGGUAUAACUAUUGUAAAUUAAGGCUUGUUUAUCUCCAGCACAGGUGGGUGUAGUGGAAGUUUCUGGACCAUAAUCUAACCUUCUAUCUAAACUCUGACAUAGUUUUUUCUGCAAUCUCCCUAGGUCUUACAAUGUCACAGUACAAUACAGAUACAGAUGUUUUUUCCUAGAAAUACACACCAGGUAUUUCGAAAGUGGAGCUAGGACACCAUGGAAAGAAAUCAGAAGGAAAAUGCUGGUUAAGCAGUUUGUACUCCAAGGUUACCUCCCAGUAGUACAUUUGUAGUAUUUUAUAGGUUGAAGAGAGAGGCCUUUCACACUUCCUUUAUGAAAGUUCUUUUGCUUGUUUUUUAUUAUGUAUUCAGACUCUUUAAUUGUUGAAAUAGGAUAAGUAGAAUUACUGUGGUGAGAAGAAUGUACUUCUCAGAGUGCCAUUCACAAGUAAAUUAAAGUACUGUAUAAAGGGGGGUUAUAGAUUAGUGCAUCAGGCACCCAGAGAUGAAAUGACUUGGCCAUGGUCACCAAGUAGGCCAUUGAUGGUACUGGAAAUAAGAUGUAAGUUCCAUGAAUCCUACUGUGGUACACAGAUACUUAACACCUAAAUAAAACUCCUUUGUCAAAAGAGUUGGAGUCAAAA